AUGGAGCCGCUUUGGAGUAUUGAUGAGCUUGUUCAAGAGUUAGAUCAACCGAAGUUAGACGGAUGGAAAUUAUUUGCACAAGCUUCGGAAGUCAAAGUAUACCGACGAAUAGAUGAAGCCACGAAAGCAAUACGAUAUAAAUGUUACUCUCAUAUUCCUGAUGUUACGCCAGAGAUUUUCUAUCGAGUGGCAUUGGACAUAGAAUAUCGUCUGAUAUGGGAUAAAUAUCUGAAAGAAGCAAGAGUGAUCAAUGAUGGAGAAAAGGAAGGCAUUCAUUGGGAAAUCAUCAUGCCGUUAUUUAUAGAUAAUCGAGAUUACACGUAUGUUAGAGAAUAUGGCGAAUAUGAUGUUGAUACUCGACAUUUCUACUAUGCUAUGACACGUUGUGAACCAUUCAAAAACGUGCCACCGAAGAAAAAGGUUGUGCGUAUUGAAACUUGUCAAACGCAAACAGUACUCUGUUCGGAUGGAGAUAAAGGCCUGAAAUCGGUUUUUGUCUAUUACGAAGAUCCACGUGGAAAUAUUCCCAAAGCUCUAUGGAGUUGGGCUGCAAAAUUUGGUGUUCCAAUGUAUGUAAAAUUGACUCAUAAUGCAUGUUUGAACUAUCCGGCGUGGAUAAAGGAUAAACAGGCGAAAUUACCUAAUGUGCCUGAUGAAAUCGACGAGAUCGAUCGUGCUGCAACUGCCGAAGCCGCUGCGAUCAUGGCGUCGAACGAAAUCGUACAAAACGACAAUGAAGAAGAAUAA